AUGGAGAGCCCUCAGAGCCCGGAUCACCAGCCAUUCUUUAGGGAUGGCAUAGAGUCUCCGCCCACAUCUUCCAGCUUCUACUCCGGCUCACCAGCGACAUCUUCCAUCACAGAAGAGUCAAGCUCAAACACGGACUUCUCAAUCCAACGUGUGCACGACAACCACGAACUCAAAAGCUCCUCCAACCUCGAAACCAUCAUCAACGACACCACAACCCUAAGCAACGAGCAUCACGCCCACGCAGAAGAACUCAAGAAGGAAAACACCGCCCUUCGAUCCCAGAUCCCAGAUCUCCUCGACGCCAAGCAAAAGCACGAGGAGCGAGAAUCUUCGCUGGAAGACCAACUCUACGAACUCAGAUUAGACCAGGUCUUCUGGAUCGAUCGGCACGAGCGCAGAAUCCUGGAGUUACUCCAGUGCCGUGAGCGUCUGCAAGAGCGGUCGCAGGAAUAUGUAGAUUUGAUGGCUGAGCACGGGGAGUCUGCUGCAGAAACAGCGACUACUGAGAGGCGGCUCCGCAGGUCGUGCGUUGAGAAGCAAGCUGAGAUUACGCGCUUGCGGUUGGAAGGGGAGGGGUUUCGUCAAAAAACGCCCGCCUGA